AUGACCCGUGCUCGUGUUCGUACUCGCGCGUUAACAAUGGACGCUCGUGUUGCUGCGCUAGAAACCUCUAAUUCCAAGAACCAAGUCAUUUUGGAAACAAUUCAGCGUCUUCUUGAGGAUAAGUUUGCAUCCAUCGACAAACGCCUCGAUUCAAUUGAUUCUCGUCGUGAGGGUUUUGAUCAGCCAUUUCCGCCUCCAUCUGAUGAUGACGACGGUGAUGGCUCUCGACAGCGCGGAGAGAGGGAUCAUCGAGAGAGGGAAAGGGGUUUUUCUUCUGAGAAUCGGAUGCCCUUUGUUAAGAUCGAAUUUCCCAGAUUCAGCGAUGGGGAUGACCCAAUUGAAUGGAUUUACAAGGCGGAGCAGUAUUUUGAUUACUUUUCGGUGCCUUCUGAGAAAAAGGUAAAAAUGGUUUCUUUCCAUCUGGAUAGUGAGGCUCUGCAAUGGUAUCAAUGGGAGGAAUGUGCUUCUUCUUUGUCCAAAUGGGAAGAUUUUACCAGGGCAUUUUGCAGAGAAUUUGGCUCUCAUGGGUUUGAGGAUUUUGCAGAGUCACUCUUUAAGCUUCGUCAAACAGGUCCCUUAAAGGAUUAUAUUGCUGAGUUUCGCCGAUUGGCAACUCGAAUUUGUGAUCUUAGUCCUACUUUUCGAUUGAGCUGUUUCGUUGGAGGAUUAAAGGAAGAACUCAAGCAUGAUGUCAAGCUGCUUCGUCCUGCUACAGUUCAUGAGGCCAUGAAUUUUGCUCAUGAAGUGGAUGCUAAACUUCAGAAGUUGAGGUAUGCACAUUCUGCUGGAAAUUCUAAGUCAAGAUUGCCUCUUUUACCCAUUCAAAAUGAUUUAGUUUCUGCUAAAAAUGAAGUUGUUCCUAGGAAGGAUAUGCCUGUCAAGAAAUUAACCCCAGAAGAAAUCCAAUAUAAACGGCAGAAUAAUCUUUGUUUUUAUUGUGAUGAAAAAUUUGUGAGGGGUCAUAAGUGUGCAAGGAAACAAAUCUUGGUGUUGGAUAUGGGUUAUAAUAGUUCUGAAGAAGAGGAAAUAGUUCAUGAAUUACAACAGAUUGAACAAGUGGCUGAGGUAAAUGCUUGUUGUAUCACAGCUUGUGCUUUGUAUGGUACUCCGGCUCCUCUUGCUAUUAAGACUAUGAAACUCACAGUUGUAAUUAAGAACUGUCCUGUUGUGGUCUUUUUAGACUCUGGAAGUUCUCAUAAUUUCAUCGAUAUUGGCAUGGUUAAGAAGUUGGGUUGGAAGUUAGAUCAGUCUCAUAUUUGUGAUGUCAUGAUAAUUGAUGGUGGACAAGUUCAGAGUAAGGGUUGUUGUGCUGCAGUUCCUUUAGCCAUCGGGACUUAUGGGUUCAGUGGUUGA